AUGAGCUUUACAAUCGCAAGGAUUUUGGAUAGCUCCAGUGAACCGGAUAGGAAGAAAGAGGAUUCUUCGCGAUCUUGGUUGAAUUGUGCACUUGAUCAAUUUGAAAUGAAAGUCUACAGUGAAGGACAAGAGUCGCUAAGCUGUUCUUCAGCGGAUAGAGCAUAUCCUUCAGGCAUUCCGCUGACAGUCAUGGAGAAGUCUACGAACCUAAUUCACGAUCCCACGGACACGACAUUAUCCUCAUCCGGUUGCUCCACCCCUGCCGGUCGUGAGAUUACGGAGCUCACGGUAACCUCUGAUGGAAGGCCUCAGCGAGCUUGCGCUACUCCUCUUGGUCAUAAGCGAAUACAGAGAACUGCAUGUGAGUCAGGUGCGAAGCAUGAUUCCCAACACACACGAUUUCCUUCUUGGCAACCAUCCCUGAUGGCAAUUCCCAUCAUAGACAAGUUGAACACAUUUCAGACACCGGCAAAUGCACUCUCCGUCGGAAGCCAGUUGGAACAGCAAGGAUUGGACGACAGAUCGUUCGGUGAUGGUAACUCAUUGCCCACUCGUCCCCGUAGGCUCCGGACUACGUUUACUACAUACCAGCUGAAAGCCUUGGAGAUGGCGUUCCAGCUCAAUCAGUAUCCGGAUGUUCCCACUCGGGACCAGUUGGCUGCCCGAUUGAAACUCUCCGAUGGGCGGGUUCAGGUAUGGUUUCAGAACCGAAGAGCGAAAUUUCGCAAACAUGAAAGACUUCAUAUUGCAAGCAAAAGACUUAUCGACGAAUUCAUUCAGCCUUGCAGUCAAAGGUACACCUUCGAUUUAGCAGGAUCGUCCAGGCUUGAUGGUUAUCCAGUCACCAACACCGGCCUGUUUGGUUCCGCGAACACUGGACAGGUGUAUUGGACAGAAUUAAACGGGCUGAACACGGUUGACCCCCUGAUAUUGGCAGCCAUGUGUGCAGCUGUAACGAACACGCCAAACAACAGGAAGUCGAUGCUCACCAACACAAUCUAA